AGGGGGCAGCAGCGCCCAAGCAUUUGGACAGCGCAACCUUGCGACAGAAACAGAGGUAAAGCGCACUACAAAUGGGACAACAUGGCGAUGUCCUCGGGCAUGGUACUCUUUUGCCGUUUGACUGCAUCUUUGGGGACUGCGCUCGUUCACGGCCGUGUGAAAACCCUCACAGCUCGGAGAUGGUAUAUUACUGCCAGUGCAGGCAACAAUUUGCAGUUUAAGCUUGAUGAGCGGACAGCCCACAGCAGCCUGGACCUUUUUAAGAAGGACACAGGUGUGAUCUAUCGAAUGCUAGGUGUGGACCCCUCCCUCGUUCAGGAUACCCCUCUCCGGUUCCGGGAUUGGGCUGUGGUUCUCGCUGACACCCACAUUGAUUCUGGACAGCACUACUGGGAGAUCACGGUUAAAAGGUCCCACGAAUUCCGUGUGGGAGUGGCCGAGGUGUUGACAUCACGUGACGAAUGUGUGGGCACGAAUUCUAGUUCCUGGGUGUUCGCAUUUGUCCAGAGGAAGUGGUUUGCCAUGACCACUGGUAAGCAGGUCCCGGUGCCAUUGGUGGGGAAACCUGAUCGGGUCGGGCUCUUGCUAGACUACAAGGCGGGACGGUUCAGUCUGGUGGACACCCAGAAAGCUGAAGUGGUGUACACGAUAAGAACACAGUUCCGCUCGCCCAUCUGUCCUGCCUUUGCACUCUGGGAUGGGGAGUUACUCUCACACUCUGGACUGGAGAUUCCACCAGGGCUUCAGUGACUCUUGUUCAUUAUUCACACAUUGGUGUUACAUGCCUCUUAAUGGAUAGAGAAGAGGAAGUAGGGGCCUUAUGAAUAGACAUUCAGUGGGAACACAGCUGUUUUUUUUACUGCCAUUAAAUAAAGAUUUGUCCGUUCAGCUGGUGACAAUAUCCCCAAACUCUACUGUUUGUGAUAAUGCUGAUGAAUUGAUGCAUCCGUACAUACACAUAUGAAUACUUGA